AUGGGCGCAGCCUCACUCGCUCUGCCACUCAGUGGGCUGGGACUGGCCGACCCGCAGUGGCCGGCAGCAGUGGCCGACCCGCAGUGGCCGGCAGCAGUGGCCGACCCGCAGUGGCCGACCCGCAGAACCAAGGAGCACUCUCGUGAUGAUGGGUCCCUUGCAACCCGCUCAAACGACCGGCUCAAGGAAGGAACCAAGGAGCACUCUCGUGAUGAUGUGUCCCUUGCAACCCGCUCAAACGACCGGCUCAAGGAAGGAACCAAGGAGCACUCUCGUGAUGAUGGGUCCCUUGCAACCCGCUCAAACGACCGGCUCAAGGAAGGAACCAAGGAGCACUCUCGUGAUGAUGUGUCCCUUGCAACCCGCUCAAACGACCGGCUCAAGGAAGGAACCAAGGAGCACUCUCGUGAUGAUGGGUCCCUUGCAACCCGCUCAAACGACCGGCUCAAGGAAGGAACCAAGGAGCACUCUCGUGAUGAUGGGUCCCUUGCAACCCGCUCAAACGACCGGCUCAAGGAAGGAACCAAGGAGCACUCUCGUGAUGAUGGGUCCCUUGCAACCCGCUCAAACGACCGGCUCAAGGAAGGAACCAAGGAGCACUCUCGUGAUGAUGGGUCCCUCUCAACCGGCUCAAACGACCGGCUAUGGAUAACCAAGGAACGCUCUACUUAUAAAGGGUCCCUCUCAACCUGCUCAAUCGACCUGGCUGUUGCCGACCUGUGGCUUCGCAAGUGA